AUGUCCGAGAGGAAAGCUGUGAAUAAGUACUACCCACCAGAUUUCAAUCCACUUGAAGCUGAAGCUUCACUUCGCAAGAGUGCGAAGAAGUUGAAGACCAAGCAACGGGAUGUGAUUACCAUCAGGUUGAUGACUCCGUUCAGCAUUCGCUGCACGAAAUGUUCAGAAUACAUUGCCAAGAGCCGGAAAUUCAACGGCAAGAAGGAAGUCCUGCCCGAAAGAUACCUAGAAACGAUCAAAAUCUAUCGAUUAAGCAUCAAGUGUCCGCGAUGUAAUAACAUGAUAUCGUUCCGGACAGAUCCCAAGACUUCGGACUUUGUGAUGGAAUGCGGCGGAGUGAGAAACUACAGCAGGGUCAAAGACGAAGACUCCCGCGUGGAGAGCGUUGAUGAGACGCUGCAGAGGCUAGUGCAGGAGACGAACGAGUCCGAAAGCGAGCGCUUAAGCGGCAAGGGCGAAGAUAAGAUGGAAGCUCUGGAGAGAAGACUCGCGCAGAUACAGCGGGAGCAAGAAGACGAUCAGGAACUGGAAAGGACAAGACUCUCUAGACUGAGCAUGCAACAGCGGGAGCAACGGCUCCGAGACAGAAACGCUGCCGCUGUAGAAGAGAACGAACAAGACCUCGACAAGAUUGCAGAAGAAGCGUUUAACAGACGCCAAGACCACGGCGAGCGACUCAACGCACCGUUCCGCAAACCGCAGCCCAAAGCACUGAUCUUCAAGAAAAGGUCCAAGAAGGUCAACCCGCUGGGCGUGAUCAAGAAAGCGGCCGGACCGUAG